CAGGAAUAAUGCAGUAAGUGUGACAGUGCAAAUGGAAUACAUCUUUGAAAAUUAGUUAAACAUUACUAUUUACCUUUACGAUCAAGUGAUAUGAUCAUAUUACAAACAAUUUUGAAGAAGAAUCCAGGACAUCUCAUUGUUCCUAAAUUUUGACCAAUCCGGUUAACUCAACUACACGUGGAAGUAGUUGACGCUUUUUAACAGAGGUGGCAGCAUGAGCGUUGGCUCCAUUCUUUUCAUUCCUAGCAUUCCAAAAUUCCGAGGUUGGGCACAAUGUCAGAAGCCUGUUUGUUAGUUCAAUAGUGUUGAGGAAUUUACGAUAUAUAGUGAGAAAUUGCUUGUGCCCGAAGUACAUAUACACCAAGGAAGAAGAGAAAAUACAAUAGGAAUUAAUUUUGCUAUGGAAACGACAGAAUCACCUCUUGACGUGCUGUCCCGUGCUGCAACAAUGAUCAAAGAUAGCUCUCCCGAUGUGGUUUUCCUGUAAGAAGUAGCCCACCUUCACCUGAGGUUUUGGUGGCUCGUACUGCACCAGACACUCCACUCGACAUGUCUACACGUGCACGUUGUUCCCCUCCACCCUACAGCAGCCAAACUGCACCACCAAGACCAUCUGUCAUUACAUGUGCUCCAGCUGCAACAGUACCCUCUUCUGCAAAUCAUUCUUGGAACCAGCAACAGGAGAACAGUGGCAGUAAUCGGCAAGGUCAUCGUCGGGAGCUUCUUUCUGGAAUGUGUGAUCCAGUUAUUGAUGAGCAUUUCCGCCGUUCCUUGGGAAAAGACUAUUUGAGUGUCUUCAGUGAUGAAGCAAGUGAUGUCAGUGGUGUGACUGAUGUGAAUGACAACAAUGCAAACAGUGGCAACAGUAUUACAGUGACAGGACUUUCAGUGGAUGACCAUUUUGCAAAAGCUCUUGGUGACACAUGGGUGAAAUUGCAAGAGCAGUCUGCAGCAGAAACAACUUCCCGGUCAACUCCUGUGUCUUCACUUGGAAGAGACAAAAAGCCUGUGGUGCUGCCUCAGCAGCAACAGCAACCACCCCGUGGACUUGUCUCAAUAUAGGUUGUAUACUUCUUCCCAGCCUUUUGUGCCCUCUUGCUUCCAUGCAGUGAGCUGUGUUGUAUAUUUAUCAUGUCUGCUUGUAAACCAAACAACAAAGUUAACAUGUAAUUCAUAUACCCACAACAAUUUCAACAAUGCUGUCAAUGUUGUCAACACUACAGGCCAUAGACUGACGAAGCUGAUGAAUUCACAUUAUGGUGCUAUUGGAAUGACUUUUGGUGGUUUUCAUGGCACACAUUUCGCUAGUUGGAGUGAGUUUGGGAGGUUUGGAGUUUGUUGAAAUGAGUGUGAGGAAUUCACAAAAUGCAGCAACACCUGUAGACAUACAUCAAUAUUGCUUUUGUGUGGCAGCUCAGAACAAAAAAUUAUAAUAAUAAGUGCUCUUUUCAUGUUAAGUUAUUUACCAAGGAACUGUUUUUGUUAAUGAGAGUGUUUCUCAGAGCAAUUUGAUGGGGAUAAUUUGUAAUAAAGGAAGAAAUAUGGUAAUAAUGAAAGAAAACUAACAUUGCAAUUGUUAUUAUGAAAUAUUAAUAUUGUGCUUUUUAUUCAUUAUAAGCAGGAGUUUAAUUUGUCCCAUUAGUUUUGAUAGGUCAUCUCUUAAAUGUAAUAUUUUCUUGUGUUGUCUAAAAGUGGGUGGAGAUCAGGAUUUUUGAAGCCUCGUUAGGCUCAUUCUAUGUUCUGUGUUAUGGUAUCAAUAAAAACACUGGAGUAAAACAAAACAUGGAUGUACAAUUCGAGACGAAGUAUAUUUAAGGAAGAAGUUUAAUGAUAGAGCACUUAUUAGUUUCCUACUCUAAACAUGGGGAAGAAAGAUGAAUUGGUAGCCAUAGAAUGUUUUGUGCUCACAACAUUUAAAUAAGAAACAGUAAGAAGCUUUCAUUAAUAUUUUACUUCUAUCAACCUAUCUUUUGAAACAGUGUUUAGAAAAAGAAAAAUAGCAUCUGAAUUUUGUUUGGGUGUUGUACAUGUUAAUUUUGCCCUGCAGACUAGUUAAUGAUGCGAUGCUGAACAAUCCAUUUCUGCUGCCCACUGCCAUAUCAAUGGCUAAAUUUUAACAAUACAUGUCUCAAAAAUUGUGUCUUGUCAGGAGAGAGAAGUUUUUCUUCACAAAGUAUCAUUACUGGCUAAUAAAAAUUUGACCAAUUAUCCAUCAUUUUAAUAAGUAUUGAGUUAAUUUCUGGGAUAUAUGCCAUUAGAAUGUGGUACAAAAUUAUCUUAUUUUUUGAUUUACAUUAUUUCCUUAACAAACAAAUUUUGAAAUAUGUGUUGUUAAAAUUUAUUUAUUGAUAUCUGUUUUUGCCUACUUUCUUUUAGAGACUGCUUUAUUGACAUAUUCUCAUAAAAGAUAUGAGAAAUAUUUAUGCAUUUGCUGUCAGGUACAGGGGCAUAAUACUGUCUGCUCGUUUUUACCUAGCCAAACUUGAACUUAUGGAUUGUUUUUAUAAUAUAUCUUCUGUAAAAAUAACUUUAAACAUAUGUAGAGUUAAGUUAUUUUUGGCUCUUCUAUAUAAAUACAGGUAUUACAUUUUAACUAAUUAAUUGUGUAAUAGAAUGUUCACAUUCAAUUAUAUUGCUGGAUGUAUUUUUAUAUUAAAAAAAGAAACUGGUUGACAAAAACUGCUCUCUGGUGGAAGUAGUGUUGUUAUUGAGGCAAAUGCUUUGAAGUUUUGAAUGCUACCCCAUGAACAAUGCUAUUUUGUGCUAGCAUUACUUUUCAGCUGUGAUUAAAGAAACAAUAGUUGGCAGAAGUGCCAUCUGUCACACUUUCUUUUGAUAAUAAAAGAAAUAUUUGUGAAGCAAUCAAACUACUAGCAGCGAUCACUCUAGCAACAGGCUGCUAUAGUUGUGCAUUUCAAUCAGUGAAGCACAAGCAAAAUGGAAUGUUUGAUAAAUUUUCACAUUGUAUAAGAGGGAGCAAUGUAUUGAAGCAGCUGUCUCGACAAAGAAUGGGGUCUAAAUUUACUGACCUAUCAGUUGUAUAUUAGGGCUGUGAUUUGAAUAAAAAAUUGCACCUUCCAGCGUACAGCUGAGUAUUUAAACUUGUACAGUUUAUUUGAUAUGUAUAUAAUAAUUAUUACUAUAAUUUCACAACAGAGUGGAUGUGAAUGAAGAAAUGUUCAAAUAAUAGAUUUUGAAGUAUAAUGUUCAUUUUUGUUUAUCAUCAACAGUUAUUUUAUUUAGAGAUAUUUUUCUUUUAUGAUGUUCUAGAUUGAUUGAAUAUCAUAAGACUUUUUCUAGGAAAGGUUAUAAAAUUUAUUGAAAAGAACUGAAUACAUUGUGUUUGUUUUUUUAUAAGUAAACACAUUUAAUUCUCAACAGAAUUAAAUGUUUUUAUAGAAAUACCAUUUUGUAAUAUCUUAAUUGAUGUAGUAAGUUAAGAACUGUUUUCUGCAUUACAUACCUGUUCAAAUUAAUUGUAUUCAUUAAAUUACAUUAUCAUUUACGACAUGCAUUUAUAAAUCACAAAAUCCUUAAUAUUAUUGUUUUUAGUAAAGAUAAACGAGAAACAUUACUACAAGAAAAGUGUGGUGCAUAUUUUGUAUACCAUAAACACAAACAACAAUUGAAACACUAUUGGAAAAUGUAGCAUUUUGUUAGUCAUAAAAAAUUACAUACGAUAAUAGUUUACUUUAAAAUGAUUGCAGUACGGUGCUCAACAAGUAAUUUGUUAUUCUGAUGUAUGAUGCUUUCCCAUUGUAUGUCUUGACAUCAGUAAUGUUGUUUGGCUCGUAAGCAUUUGCCGCAUAAAUAGGGUAUGAAAAUAACCAUCAUGUACCAAGUACAAUAAGAUCAACCAACCAACCAAGUACAAUAAGAAUAAAUACGUUUUAAUUAUAAAAUUAUUUUUCUUCAGUUUUCAUCAUAGGGAAAUAAAAAAAUUAAUAAAUAUAAAAGAAUUAAAACAUAAACAGUGG